AUAAAUUUUUUUUUACUAUAGAAUUACCUUUAUCUGGAAUAUUUGAAUUUUUUAAAAUUGUAUUUGUAAUGUUUAAUUUAGUUUUCCAGUUAAUUGAAACGUCUAGUUGUGGAAUAAAGUCUUUAUACAUUUUUGUAGUUAUUUUUCUUUUUGCUAUUAAUAAUGUCCCGUCAUCAGUAUUGGCUUCACAUUGAUUGUCUAAAUCUAAAAUGCCUGUGCCGUUUAUACUUACUACUAUUGUUUCUGAAUUAUUUUUACAUUUAAUGAUAAUAUUAUCCCUAAUCGUAACAUAUAUCCAAGAAUUUGUAUUAUCCCACCGCUGCCACCAGUUGUUAUAUACUCUUUCGGUUAAGGCCAAAAGGUAUAUAUAUAUGUUGUAAAAGAGUUCGUUCAAUUACGGGUUGUAUUCAAAACACUACACAAAAUCUGUUUAACUUUAAGAAAAUAUUUUAUUAAUUAUUUUAUUAUAAGAAUAUUUUAACAACAGUAUUAUACGAAUCGGCUACUUAUUCACGACUAACUCUUGCUUAUUCUACGUUCUUGUCUUGGCGACGCAGUCGCUUGCAAAAAAAUACACAUAUUGCUUAAGGUGGUGCUACACGACGCGUCGAACGUUGGGUCCAACAUAGGUGUGCAAACGUUGGCUGAACAUUGGGACCAAUGUUUGACUAACGGUUGCAGCUACACGUUGUGGCCAACAUUGGACCCAGUGUCAAGUCGGAAUGUUGGGUGAAUAUUUCCCUCCAGUGUAUAUCUGAAUGUGAAUAUAAACACACUUUAAAAAACUUUAAAAGCUUAAAAAUAAAUAUAAAAAAUGGAUGACGUAAUUGCAGCUGCAGCCACUGUAAUUGUUUUAUCUUGUAGUAAGGUAUUGAUUGAUCAAAAACAGAAAAAAAGACGUGCAAGGAGGUGGUGGAUGACUUCAUUAAAUAGAAGUAGAGAACGAUAUAAUGCCUCACAUAUGCUCCAGGCUCUAAGGACAGAAAAAUCAGGAAAAUUUCUAAACUUCUGUCGAAUGUCGUCCGAAGAUUUUGAAAUUAUUCUUACAAAAAUUGGACCGAAAAUAAAAAAACAAGAUACUAACAUGAGGAAGGCAAUAACAAUUCAAGAGCGUUUAGCAGUCACUCUUCGAUUUCUGGCUACAGGUGAUGGCAUUUGUUAACUCGGAAUAUUGUUUUACAUUUGUUGAUGUUGGCGCGCAAGGAAGAAUGAACGAUUCAGGUGUGUAUGCUAACACGAGUAUUUAUCGUAAAAUAAUUCGUAACGAACUUCUGUUUCCACCACCCGAGCCCUUAUUACAACGACACAAGGAGAUGCCAUAUGUUUUUAUAGGUGACGAUGCGUUUCCUAUGAGUAGUACUCUUCUGAAACCUUACAGAGGAAAUCAUCCUAAAGGAAGUUUAGAACGGAUUUUCAAUUACCGCUUGUGUCGCGCACGUAGAGUUGUGGAAAAUGUGUUUGGUAUUUUAGCAUCAGUUUUCCGAGUAUUCAGAUCACCUAUGUUACUACAACCUGAUAAAGCUACUUUAAUAUGUAUGACAUGCUGUUUACUUCAUAAUUUUCUACGAAGAAGCGCAACAUCAAGAAAAAACUAUACCCCACCUGGUACUUUCGAUUAUGAAGAGGAUGGUGAAUUGAUUCCCGGAACAUGGCGCAAUGAUCUACAAGGGAUGGCAUCUUUCAAUUCACUGAUUAACAAACCUAGAAAACCCUCCGAGGAAGCAAAGGAUAUUCGGCGAGAGUUUGGAGAAUACUGUAUGACAAGUGGAGCAGUAGAAUGGCAAAAUUAUAUUGAUUAGUGGUUUAUAAUUAUUUUUGUUUGGUUAACUUUAUAUUUAAAUAAUAGAUUAUAAAUUAAAAUAUAAAUAAAUAAAUAAAAUUACCUCCGAAUUCAGAGAAGAUAUCUUCGUAUUUUGGACUCUAAUAAACCUAUCGAUCGCAUUAUAGGCAAACCACGAUGGAAAGUACACCUCAUGUGAACCCGUUCCGGUGGUCUCUGAAUCCACUACUUUCUUUCUCAAAGUCCUGUAGGUCGACAUCAGUGAUUCUUUCUUCUUUUUCAACGCAACAACUGUCAUUGUAACACUCAACUCAUUAGCUACUUUAUUCCAUGCAUCCUGUAGAAUGUUUUUAUUCUUAUGUCCUGGAUAAGAGCUGUUCCACAGAACUGGAUGUUUUUCAUACGCUUCCAGAAAUUCGAGCGUUAAUUCAUUAUUCCACUCCAUUUUGUAUACGGAAAUGAUACAACUAUAGAAAAAUAGGGUAUUUAUUUACUUAUGAAUAAAUAUUUUACUUAUAUAUGUAUACAUAAAAAAAUUAAUUUAGAGCUAAAAUUAAAAUUCAAAUAUGCUAAUAGGACAUUUAUAAAAUAUUUAAAUGUUUGAAGAAAUUAUAGGAGGAAAAAUUGUCAAAAUAUACAUAAAUUUUUUAAUUAUAAAUAAAAAAUUAAAAAAAGCGGGUAAGUGAGUAUCGCUAUGCUGUACAUUAGGGGGUGGGAUGGACCUCGGACUAGGGUAGGUUAAAUUUGAAUGCAAUGAUCGGUAUCAUUGUAUACGAAAAAGGAUUCUGAACGGAGAUGAUUGGUCAGUCUAGGAUAUAUUAUAUUUAAAUAUUGUCAUAUAUUCUAUUUUGAAACAAAUUCAAACAUUUAAGUAAAAGUCUCAAGCUCCUACGUUUGGUAAUUUUUUAAAAAAUACAAAAAUCGAAAAUUAUUUAGUAGUAAAACGUUAUUUUACUCGUGUAUUUUUGAUUUCAAAUUAAAAUUAAAACUUUAAACACUCGUAAAAUUUUUUUAAUUGAAUAAUUAUCAAACUUUUUUAUAAUUAUUCUAAGCUUAA